CUCUGUGUGUAGUGUUCAAGACUCAAGCUAUUACACCCAUUGCCCCAAGCAACAUAUUUGGCUGAGUCUCCAUGAGGAGGUGGUGGACUUCUACAACUUCAUGUCUCCCCAACCCGAGGAGGCUUCUAUGAGGAAGGAGGUGGUCAACAGAAUCGAGACUGUUAUCAAGGAGCUGUGGCCUACUGCUGACGUGCAGAUAUUUGGCAGCUUCAGCACUGGACUCUACCUACCCACAAGUGACAUAGACCUGGUGGUGUUUGGGAAAUGGGAACGCCCCCCGUUGCAGCAAUUGGAACAGGCCCUCCGGAAACACAACGUGGCGGAACCUUUCUCCAUCAAAGUGCUGGACAAAGCUACGGUGCCAAUCAUCAAGCUGACUGACCAGGAGACAGACGUCAAAGUGGACAUCAGCUUCAAUGUGGAGACGGGAGUCAAAGCUGCUCUCUUCAUCAAGGACUACACCAAGAGGUAUCCCGUGCUGCCUUACCUGAUCUUUGUGCUGAAGCAGUUUCUGCUCCAGAGAGAUCUCAACGAGGUGUUCACUGGAGGAAUCAGCUCUUACAGCCUCAUCCUGAUGGUCAUUAGCUUCCUCCAGCUCCACCCAAGGAUUGACGCCAGUAGCCCCAACAUCAACCUUGGCAUUCUGCUGAUUGAGUUCUUUGAGCUGUACGGCCGCCAUUUUAACUACCUGAAGACGGGCAUCCGCGUCAAGAACGGAGGGGCCUACAUGGCCAAGGAGGAUAUGACGAAGGUUAUGACCAAUGGCUACAGACCCUCCAUGCUCUGUAUAGAGGACCCACUGAUGCCAGGUAACGACGUUGGCAGGAGUUCGUACGGAGCCAUGCAAGUCAAGCAGGUGUUUGACUACGCUUACAUCGUCCUUGGUCACGCCGUGUCACCGCUAGCACGCUCCUACCCCAAUAAGGACUUCGACAGCACUUUGGGGAGGAUAAUCAAGGUAACCCAGGAAGUGAUUGACUACAGGGAGUGGAUCAUGACGAAGUGGGGAGGAAGGCACCUCGCCCGCAUGGAGAGCCAGGGUUCUGUCCUGGAGCAGGACCCAGCACGGUGUGUGUUGGGUUUAGGUGUGGAGGAACAGAGGGACUCAGUCUCCCCUCACAGUGCAGACUCCCCCAUGUCCCUGUCCAGUCCUCACCAACACUCCUCAGCCUCCUCGGUCUCCUCUCUGUCCGGGUCAGACAACGACUCUGAUUCGACGCCAUGCCCUGGCCGCCCUCCGGCGCUGCCCCCCUACACCCUCCAGUCUCUGGGUAUGACUCUACCCCUGGGCCUGGCACUGGGCAAGCCUGGCAUCAACCAGCAGCACCUCAUCAUGUCCCCUGGCUCACAGGCGUGUAUGUCUUUGCCCAGUGGCCUGACGAUGCACUCCUUACCUGGCAGACAGGUGGGUAUAGACAUGACCCCCCCUACCCACCACCCUGCCCACCAUAACCCUCAUGCCCCCUCCAACCCCCAGCCUCUGUCCAGCCCCCACCCCACCAGCCACACACACCAGAAUGGUCCUAAGUUUCACGUGAAAGGCUUCCACAAUCCAGCUAUGGUCCACAGUCCCGCCCUGGCCAACCGCGCCCACACACACCCUCUCACACACGCUCACACACACUCACACACGCAGUACCGCAACACCUGGCGCCGUCGGAAGAGGGACAGCCUGCCAGUAAGCCUGAGCAGAUGAAGGAUAAAACAUCCCCUUUUUCCUCUCGUCCUCCCUUCAUCCCUCUCUCAUUCUGACUUAUUGGGAAGACAACUUGAUGAGACAAUGCUCCCUGCUGUUCAACUUGGAGGACAGGCAGGCAGAGGCACCAGACCAGCAUUGGGAUUCAUUCAACACUUUGGGCUGCUGAACUUUGGCCCCAAGGAGGGAAAGAAGUGUAGCUCUGGGAAAACUCCUUCUCCAUCGCUCAUCCUCUCCCCAUCUCUGCAUGUUUUUUACUGCGCAAUGAACCAACGGCCAACGAUACAGGAACGAGCAGUGCGGCUAGCGAACAGAACGCAGCGCAACCCAACGUGCAUUCUGACCCCAGGACUUUUCCGCAGCUCUCCAGUCUUUCACUUCCUGUUUGGGAUCCACCUUUGUUUUCUUUUCGUUAAUGUUUAUUGUUCACAUUAAUAUAAAAAAAAUUCUGCUUUGCCCUUUUUCACAUGCGUUCGAGGAGACUGAGGAUAGUGACAUCUUUGCCAGGUGGAAGUAGUGAAGCCCAGUGUCGUGUGGUAAAUUGAGUUUAUUUUAGUUUUUUGGACUGGGUUGCGUUGUGAAGGCCUUUGUCCUUGAACCCUGCAGCCAAGCUGUAUCUUUUUCAGUGUUCACACUAUGGACGGUUUCUAAUUUGUGCAAUAAUGUGUUCGAUUUUUUUUAUCUUAUCAAUCUUUAUUUAAUUUUAUUAUUCGUGUAUGUAAAGGCAUUUUGGUGUUAUGUUUUUAAGAUUGUAGUUUAAAAAAAAAAAAUUGCCAAGAGUUUACAGAACCUUUCCCCAGAUGGCCUCCGGUCUGGAGAGUGUGUGACGGAGUGUGUGUCUGUGUCAAGAGUGUGUGUCAAUUGCUGAGUUGUGUGUAUCUUGUUGGUGUCAAUGUAUAGUUGAACCCCCCCAUGGGUGUUUUAUAAUGUGUGAAAAUGAAGAAUCAUAAGCAGCUAAGUCACUUCAGACUACUGCAAUGCAACCUC